UAAUUUUUGGUGGAUUUUUUUUUUCUUUAGUUUUUGCUGUAGCUAGGUGCUUCUUAGAGAUUUGGGCAUUGAUAUACUCAAAUUGUUUAUGCAGAUACAGAUAAGAUUUUGUCUAAACAUUAAGAAGAGAGACAACAAUGGAGAUUAGUUUUGCAGCCCGUCUUUUAGCUAUGCCCAAAAACAAUGGUAGACUGCUAUUUUGCAGUGACUGUAUAACAAAGACUGGUAUGAGGCUCCCCCGGCAUCCAUCUGCAGCUUUAGUGACAGCUUCAAUGCCGAAUUCAAGAGAUCUUACCAACAUAGAUGAUAGUAAUGGCGGAGUUUUGGAUGGAAAAACUUCAAAAGGGUCGGGGACAACAGCAAGACGAAGGAGGUUGAUAAAAGUUCGGGAGGAGAAGAGGAAAAGGGAAUACGACCGCUUUCACAACUAUCCUGCUUGGGCAAAAGUGUUGGAAGAUGCUUGCAAGAACGAUGCUGAGCUUCGAGCAGUUCUUGGAGAUACCAUUGGUAAUCCAGAGCUUAUGAGGAAAAGGGUUGAGGAAAGGGUUCGAAGGAAAGGUCGAGAUUUUCAGAAAUCUAAAACUGGAUCUGUCCUUGCAUUCAAAGUUAGCUUCAGAGAUUUUAAUCCUCUUGACUCUUAUAUAUGGUUUGAACUAUAUGGAUCGCCAUCUGAUCGUGAUGUUGACCUCCUUGGUAGUGUUAUUCAAUCCUGGUAUAUCAUGGGUCGUCUAGGCGCAUUUAAUUCAUCUAAUUUGCAGUUGGCAAAUUCAUCAAUGGAGUAUGAUCCUCUCUAUGAUGCAGAUAAGGGCUUCAAGGUGAUGGCUUCCUCAUUCCAUGACAUAAGUGACGUUGAGUUCCAGGACAACUGGGGAAGGAUCUGGGUAGAUCUUGGCACAUCUGAUUUCUUUUCCAUAGAUAUUCUACUCAACUGCUUGACUGUUUUGAGCUCAGAAUAUGUGGGCAUUCAACAGGUAAUCUUUGGCGGUCGCAAAAUCGGUGACUGGGAAGAAGGAAUGACCAGCCCUGAGUACGGGUACAAAUUCUUCAAAAUCUGAAAGAAUGCUUAAUAUGGUACUUUGUGUUCCUUUGGAUGAAAGCUUUAUCCUCAAGAUGAUGGCCUUAAAAGCUGGAAAAGAGAACAACACAGAGAGUUGCCCAUUUAAACAUGUCCUUGAGCACUCUACUUCUUGGCCCAUCCUUGUAUUCAGAAUGGUGAAGGAAAUUUUUUCUCCGCAGUCUUCACAGGGGUGGCAUUGGUGUUGAAGGUUCUAAGAUUAAGCUUAUUGAUAGAGGCAGCACUACCAAUAUGUAGUUAUUGAAGUUUUAGUCCUACAUAAUGAAAUGUCAUUUGACAUUAGUGUAAUUAGUGGGGAGAAGAAGUUACAUAAUUGCAGUUGUGUUUGAUUUGAAUUA